AUGAAUGUAAAGCAGCAGCAAUACAACCCAACACUCGCGCAACUGAAAGCAGAUGACAAGAUAGCGCUGAACAAAUUCGACAGUGUCGAUGCGUGGUUCAUCGCCGACACGAUCCGCAGUUUCAACUUUGAGGGGAGUGGGAUAGUGUUUGCGGUGCGUUUGUUCAACGGGAUAGAGUUGGCUUCUGGGGUUCUCGGUGAGGUGACGCCAGCCAACUACGAUUGGCUGAAUGGCAAGCUUGCAAUCAGCAAGAAAUACCACCAGUCGUCUUAUCUCUACGGACAAGCGCUGAUAGCGAAGCACCACGCCGUUGGAAGGUACACACUUCCCGAUGGGGAAAUUGGAGUGAUAAGAGGGAUAAACUCGGAACCAGCACGUAGCACUGAGUAUCUCAAUGCGCUUCUGUGCGAGGAUCUCAACGGUGACAGCGCAGUACCCCUCACUGAAUUUGUCGAGGCGUACCAGCAGUUUAUGAAUUUUACAGGCGUUAAAGUCAUGACGAGGAAGGAGCUGCAAGAUCUCAUUUCUGCGGUUUUCCCAUCGGUGGUGUUUGAAGAUGGGCCAACUGGGCGUGUUGUCAUGCGCAAUUUGCGUAUUAAGGAGUCGCAGGAGAAGAUGAAAGUGAAGGCGACGAAUACAAUGAAUGCAUUUACAGAGAAUAAGUUCCCGUCUUUCAGCGCAGAUGGUGGUUCAUUUCCCAUCAAUAUCAAGGGAGUGGCUGGACCAAUUGGGGCAGUAUCCAUCUCUGGCCUCCCAAGUGGCUUACUUGACCAUAUUGUCGCUAGAGCUGCAAUCGUUGAGCUUGCAAAGGUACAAACAAGAUAA